CAGCAUUUGUGAGGCCACAGAUGUUCCAUGAUCUGAAAGGAAAACAUGAUGCAGAAAAUGGCUGCCCACCAUGUUUCUUUGGGUAUCGAGAGGCCGAGGGUUGUGUGGUUCUUCCAGCUACCCUGGAGAUGUGAAUAUUCUUCCAGAAAAAAGAAAGCAUUCAGUCAUCUGGGGAAAGUUGUAGAUCAGAGGUGGAGAACGAUUCAAAAUUUGUGGACUUCAACUCCAGAAUUCCUGAGCCAGCCAUUGUUCUCCAUCCCUAUUGUAAAACAUUGGUGGGUAGGGAAGACCUUUACAAGUUUCAUUUUUUUUUUUUUAAUAUUGCUAUCCUACCUUUGUUAUUUCGCAUAAAGUCAAGGCAACAAACUUCUCCUUUUCCCCAGCAAACCUUCAUGGGUCAGAAAUCUGGGCAUCCCAAGGAAAAAAGGUCUCCCAAGCUGUAUGGUUAUCAGAUUUUAGUAUCAGAAGAAGAAGAAGAAGAAGAAGAAGACAGCAACGAGAAAGAAAAUAACAAGGAGUUGGAAAAGUUUAGCAAGCAGUUGGAUGAAAUCCUUGGAAUGGCAGACUCAAGAAAUGGUAGGAUCAAUGUACCACAUGGAAGAGCAGAACAGGAUGCCAGCGUCCCUUAUCAAAUGCUUCUGCUGUUGGAAAGCAUGCAGCGGGCCAAGGGGAAGCCUGUGCGCCCUUUCGACCUUAUCUGCUGUCUUUCUGGUCAUGGUGUGAGAUUGUUUGUUCUCCAUGAUGCUUCAGAAGUCUAUUACAAAAUUUGGAGCCUACUUAAAAGCCAAAUCACAGACACAGACCUGGAAAAUUCACUCCGCUGCUUUUUCAGACCAGAGCAAUUAACUAAAGAAAAUAUGUGCCACUGUGAGAAGUGUAACAAGGAAACAUCCUGUACGCGGAGGAAGAAAAUAAUGCAUUUGCCACGCAUGUUGACCCUGCAUCUCGUUCGUUUCCGUUCCCAAGGCGGCAACAGAACUAAGAAAGUCACGCAUCGCUUGGCUUUUCCAUCAGAGCUAGAUUUCAGCCAGAUCUUGCCCCCGGAACAGUACCAACCAGAUUCUAAAAAGAAGAAUGAUGGGUUGUAUGAUCUCUUUGCGGUGAUUGCCCACUCGGGACCAGCUGACUUUGGUCAUUACUGUGCCUAUAUCUGGAGUCUCACCGAAAACAAGUGGUAUUGCUUCAACGAUUCCAGUGUUUGUAAG